AUGACCCGAAGCUCCAAAAGUAUCGGUGAGCUCCCAAUUAAUCUAAAUUCAGAUAGUACAAGUUUUACUGAUGACAGUAGCGAUAACUUUUUUAUGGACAACUCCUUUGAUGAAGAUGAAAUUGAUGACAAUGAUGGCAGUAAGAGACGAAGCGUAAUAGUUGAUUCUAAAGUCUCAAAUUUUCCUUCAGAUUGUUUAUCAUCACCAUCAUCAUCAUUGGACAAUGAAAAAAAUGUCGCAAGUCAAGCAAAUAUUUUACCGGACAGAUCAUCCACUGAAAAUGUAAAUGCAGAACAUACCACAAAACCCAAAUUAGAUUUGCCAUCCGGUCGAACUAGAGGAAGAUCUACGAUGAAAGAAUCCGUCGUUGAAAUAAACCCUCGUGAAUCUAAGUCGAUAGAUGAUGAAAAGCUUCAUAGAUCUAGAUCAAGGUCUAGAUCAAGCAUAAGAUCACUAUCUCCGACAGGGAAAUACAAGCGACAGAAAAGUUCAUUAUUAUAUGCCUAUGACGAAAAUGAUGACUUUUUCAAAGAACUUGCUAAGGAAGCUAAAAAGACUACUAGUGUAUCAAAAGAAUCAACACCCGACCAGCGGAAACGUGUCUACAACAUAAAGUUUCUCUCUAAGUUAGAAGGGACCAUAAACAAGGCUGUUCAAGUGAAAGUGCUCGGAAAAUACGAAUUUUCAAGAAUACUACCUGCUGCUUUGGAUGGACUAACGAAAUCCUAUAAAAUUCCGAAGGUAAUGAAAGAUAUUUAUAAGGUUGAAAAUGUUACUCUAUAUUGGAAGAAUGCAAAAUUACUUGAUUUUAUGACUUGUAAUUCUCUUCAUAUACCACAGGAUUUUGAAAAUGAAGUCUCUGAUAUUGAUGUUACUAUUGUGUCUAAAGAGUACGAAAAGAACUUUGAAGCUUCAUUAGAAUCAAAAUUAAAGGAGGAAGAGGCAGCUUUGCUUGUAAAAGAACACGAGGAAAUUGAAAGAAAAUUGGAAAGAAAGCGAAACGAACAGGAAGAAUCAGAAUACCGUGAAUUUGAAUUUGAGUUGAGAAAUGUGAAGGAGAAACAAGAAAGGACAGAAAAUGAGACAGUUAUCAAUAUCAAAAAUCUACAAGAAGAUGACAAUUUGUUAGAAAAUAAUAGUGACAGCGAAAAAGUUAUGAAGAUUGCUCUCAGGGGUCAAGAUAACAAGAAAAUUUAUGUCAAUGUUAGGCGUUCAACACCGUUCUCUAAAGUUGCUGAGUACUACAGAAUUCAAAAGCAAUUACCGCAAAAGGCUAGGAUCAAACUACUGUUUGAUCAUGAUAAACUGGACAUGCAUGAAUGUAUAGCAGACCAGGAUAUGGAGGAUGAAGAUAUGAUUGAUGUCAUCAUUAAUUAA